AAAUUACCAGUAACUGACAGCACAUCUGAAGGAAUACCAACCCGAUAUCUAAGUCCAUUUUCUGGUAGUGGAGGUCGAAAAGCAGCUAUUCUGGACAUGGAGGCCAAGUUGAUGGCUGCAGAAGCAGCGCACAUACAGAACUUACAACAGGACAAAGGCAGUGAUGAGUUAUCCAGACUGAAGCCUGGAGACUACAGACCACUACAGAAACUGUCUCCUCACCAUUGGGCUGCCAUUCUGUCUCUGUACAACACCACGUUCCUGUCUGGUGGCUACAUAACCAUCCUGCCACCCAUUCAGCUGGCCAGUGCUGUGUCUCCUGAACAGGCAAUUGCACAACGAAAAUGAAUUGGAGAAACUGUCAAAAAUUCCGUGGGAGCCCUUAGCUGCGGCUAUGGAUCCUUUUGACAUAGAUGAGGAGUUUGUACCAUCUUUACCAACUCCAACACAAAUGUCUGAUGCUCCGUUCUUCCCUUCGUCUCCCAUGGAACUGUUUCUUACUGCCAUUCUGUGUAUCAUCAGUGUGUUGGUUCUCACAUAUACAUUUGUAGUGUUGUACAGAUGCAUUUGUUCAAGAAACUAUGCAGAAUGGAGAGCAAGCUGGAUGGGAACCAAAGAAGCAUCUGAUCCAUCAUCACAGGUUGUAUUGGAGGCUGUGCCAUUGGUUCUGUCUGGACACGCCCAACCAGUGGAGUGUCUAGCAAGUGAUGGGCACUGGCUUGUCAGUUCCUGUCUCGCAGGCAAUAUUCGUGUCUGGGACUCCACCACAGGUGAUCUUGUUGUCACCAUAACCAGAGCCAAGCCACAAAAUCCAUUAACAACUGGUGACGAAGAUGCGCUCUACAAGGAGUUAGAUAAUGUGUGUUCUCAAAUAAAGUCUCCUAACUCUAGAACGCUACACAACACAGCAACACAGUUCAAACCUGAUGCAGAUUCAGCUAUUGAUCCAUGUUUUUGUGUCAACGAUGUGCAUAAUAGUUGGUUAGGGAGAUGUAGAGAAAGUAGCAGUAACUAUGUUUUACCCCAAAAUGCCACUGUUUGUGAAACAGAAGCUCAAAGUUCAGACACAAAUAGUGAUCAGCACAAACAGAGUUCAGUGAUGAGGGAGACAGGUGGGGGGGAGUGUAAAGAUUACAGUCAAAGUACAGACGAUGGGCCGAGAAUUUCGCCAAUUUGGUGUUUAGAUUGCCAGAACAAUCUCAUUGUUGUUGGCUGUGCCAGUGGACAUAUAGAAAUUUGGGAGGCUACCUCAGGCAAAUGUAAGUGCACAAUCAGCAACAGUAAUGAUGAAUCCGGAGUAACUUGUGUGCGACUGGUGGGACACAUCACUUUGUAGCAGCCAGACUGAGCGGUUCACUGGACUUCUACUUGUUGGA